AUGACCAUAGUACAUAUACUGAAAGAGUUAAGUGAGCAUUUUAUUAGUUUUACAGAACAUGGAUUUAUGUAUGGACCUCAAGGUAAAAUGUUGCUAAGAAACCUUGAAGAACAUUGGUUUUUACAUUGUAUUACAAUGUCACGCUACAAUAUAUUUCUAUCAGAUGAAUUUAACAAUACCAUAGAUUUUAUUACAAAAACUGGAAUGAGUAACAUACCAUUUGGAUUAGCAACGAUAAAAAAAUCAAAACACUCUUGGAAUCAGAGUGUAUCAGUUAUACAAAAAUUAAAUUACCAUAAGACUGCUGAAAUAGCUAUCUUUAACAAUAAUAUAGAAACAGAAGAUUUAUUUCAUAAAAUACAGAAGGAACGAAAAAUUUGGUGGCGUAGAUUAGCACAAUGUCCUUCUAGAUUUAAACUCACAGAAGCAAAAAAAAUAAAAAGUCUUGAUACAGUAGAUAUUAAAGCACAAUUUUCAUUUGGCAGUAUUACUGUAGAAAGAAUAACUUGUCAUACCGAUGUCCAAAAAUUGUUCUCUCAGGUUGAUAGUAAAAAAGAUUUUGCCCAUAUACAAAUGGUUGAACAUAUGAUGUCUUUAGAUUGGGGUACUUUAGCACUACUUUCUGAUGCUCAUGAUACGAAUAAAUCAACUAAAAUGCAUAUUCAUUCCAUGUUAGCACCACAUAAAGUUGCCUUUCAUAUAAAAAGAUCAAAUAAUGAAGUGAAUGCUCAAAGUGAUGAUUUAAAUCGCUUUGUACUUUACUUAAAUAACAUGCUGAGAACAAAAGGUCUGAAUACUCUAUUAACCACCUCGGAACAAAUUAUAGAUACAUGCUUGGUUCCAUUCAUAGUUUUAGUUGAUACGACUAGUCUAGAAAAUGGCAUUGUACAUGUAAGGGAUAGAUCGACAACUCUUAGUGAAGCAGUACAUAUAACUGAUUUAGUAAAGUAUCUAAUUAUGCGAUGUUAAUCAAUGUUUAAUUUCAUAUGAAUAA